AUGGAGACCAAGACGGCCUUGCCUCUCGGGACUUUUUUGUGGAGCGCCAGGCACGGGAAACAAAACAGACCGCCCGCAGAUCGGCUGGCGAAACUGCAAGGCCGUUUCGUUGCUGCCACCCAGCGGGCAUCGCCCCCCCGCUGUGGCGUCCUCAAGAACCCGGACCUCUGGGGGGAGGGCUUCAAAUUUGCUUGGAAGUGGCGCGCUGCAAGCGUGCUGUGCGUCAAGAGCGUAGCCCUUGCUGCGCGAUUGGCACGGCACCAAUACGGCAUCAUUAUCCCUCCAGGAAGUCAAGAACUAAAGCGCCACAGCGACAAAGCCUAUU